CAGGCUGUACCAUUGACCUGCGUGGGGCAGGGGGUUGUACCACUGGUUUUCUGCACGGGGAUGGGGGGGCUGGACUCUACCACUGAGCCAAAUAGGGGCUUAUACCACUGACCCUCUGCCAGGUAGGGGGCUGUACCACUGAUCCCCUGCGUGGGGGCAGGAGGAGGUGGCCUCUACCACUGACCUGCCUCUUGGGGCUGGUGCUGGGGCUGUAACUGUGACUUUCUGUAUUGGGUGGCGGCUUGGCUCUACCACUGACCUGCUUCAUGAGGGGACUGGAAGCUGGGAUUGUACCAGUGACUCUUGCUGGGUAGGGGGCUGUACCACGGACCUGCUGCAUGGUGGGGAAGAGGGCAGGACACUACCACUGACCUGCUGUACUGGGGAGGGGGUGGGCUCUAACACUGACCCUCCCUACCAGGCAGGGGGCUCUACCACUGACAUGCUGUGUGGGAGGGGGAAGGGGUGGUGGGACCCUGCUGCCUCUGAGCAGCAGUUCCUGACUGCAGUUGUGGGGAAGGUGAUGCCCCUCAGAGGGACCCCUCCUCCCCGAUAGAGAGGUUAUAUUGAAAAUGUGCGUUAGGUGAAUUUCGUUUGCCCACUGGGCUCGUUUCCACACUUCCCCUUGCCAGCCACUGAGCUGCAAGUGUCAUUUGGGGAGGUGGGGAACAUGAGUCUCAUGUUUUCACGUGACUCCAGGAGCUCAGUCCUCAGGACAAAAACAUUUGGUGAGGGGUUUUUUGUUCUUGGAUUUGAGGAAAUACAGUAAUUUAUGUGUGUUCUUUUCCAAAAACAGCUCAGGGAAGCUUCCAAUAAAAGGCUAAUUCAUUUAUUAUUUGUAAAGUGGAUUGUUCACAAAGAGAUUAACCAAAUCCAUAGAGGACAGGUCCAUUGGAAGCUAUUAAAUAGAACAGUUAGGGAUGACAACCCUAACUAAAUGGUUAACGCCAUGACGGGUAUGAUAGAGAAUAAGCCCUAGACAUACUCUAUAUACUCUCCCACUAAGGUAUUUGCUACAUGUCAGAGAGAGGAUAUCUGUCUAGGUGGACAAUUGGUUUUAUCCAAUAUGGCCCUUGCUAAAUAGUUAGAAAAUUAAAUAUUAAAAGAAGGAGUAUAAUAAAGCAAACCCCCCCAUUAAUUAAAAUAUAAUCUACCCCCCAUUAAUUUUAAAAAAAUCUACCCAUGUCCCUGUCUCUGAUCUAGUUGUUCUGUAUGGCCUGUCAAAAGAUUUGUCAGAAAGGUAAAUGCUUACUUUGGAGGUGUGGCUGACUUCUGCAAAUCACUGAAUGUCCAAUUUUUCUUCUAAAGAAGCUGAAGAAGUUUUUAAAGUGAAGAAAUCAAGUUACAGCAAAAAGAUAGUAAAACAGCUGAAGAAAGAAUACAAAGAAGACCUUGAAAAAUCAAAGGUUAAAACAGAAGUCAGUUCUCCAUCUGAUGCUGAACCACCUAUAGAGAAAACUGGGCAGAUUAAGGAUGCAAGUCAAGAAGAUGGCACUACAAAUAGUGAACAAGGAGAAGAAGAGAUGGAAGUUGAAAGUGAAAAGGAGGAAGAAAAACCUAAAGCUGGAGGAGCUUUUUCAAGUGCUCUGUCCUCUCUGAAUGUUCUUCGUCCAGGAGAAAUUCCAGAUGCUGCUUUUAUUCAUGCUGCUAGGAAAAAGCGUCAAAUGGCCCGUGAACUUGGGGACUUUACGCCAGUUGACAAUGAGCCAGGUAAAGGCCGCCUUGUUCGAGAAGAUGAAAAUGAUGCCAGCGAUGAUGAGGAUGACGACGAAAAAAGGAGAAUAGUCUUUUCAGUGAAGGAAAAAUCCCAAAGGCAGAAGAUAGCAGAAGAAAUAGGUAUUGAGGGAAGCGAUGAUGAAGCACUAGUAACGGGGGAACAGGAUGAAGAACUCAGUCGAUGGGAGCAAGAACAGAUACGGAAAGGAAUUAACAUACCUCAGGUUCAAGCAAGUCAGCCUACUGAAGUGAAUAAUCUGUACUACCAGAACACUUACCAGACAUUGUCUUAUGGUUCAUCGUAUGGCAUUCCUUACACUUACGCUGCUUAUGGAUCAUCGGAGACCAAGUCUCAAAAAACAGAUAAUACAGUUCCUUUCAAAACUCCCAGUAAUGAGAUGACUCCUGUUACUAUUGAUUUGGUAAAGAAACAGCUUAAAGACAGGUUGGACUCCAUGAAAGACUUGCACAGAGCAAAUCGGCAGCAAUACGAGAAACAUCAGCAAAGCCGAGAGGACUCUGCCAAGGCAAUUGAAAGAUUAGAAGGGUCUUCUGGGGGUAUUGGUGAACGGUAUAAAUUUUUGCAAGAAAUGCGAGGGUAUGUCCAAGACUUGCUUGAGUGUUUCAGUGAAAAGGUGCCUCUGAUAAAUGAACUUGAAUCAUCAAUGCACCAGCUGUACAAACAGCGAGCUUCGCGCCUUGUCCAAAGACGACAAGAUGAUAUUAAAGAUGAAUCUUCGGAGUUUUCAAGCCAUUCAAGUAAAGCACUGAUGGCACCAAAUCUUGAUUCUUUUGGACGAGAUAGAGCACUCUAUCAAGAGCAAGUAAAACGCCGAACUGCAGAAAGGGAGGCUAGAAGAGCCCGUCGAAGGCAAGCAAGAGAGCAAACUGGGAAGAUAGCAGAUCACCUUGAAGGCCUUUCCAGUGAUGAUGAAGAAACUUCAACCGAUAUUACUAACUUCAACCUGGAACGAGAUCGCAUUUUGAAGGAGUCCAGCAAAGUUUUUGAAGACGUAUUAGAAAGCUUUUAUUCAAUUGACUGUAUUAAGUCACAGUUCGAAGCCUGGCGUUCCAAGUACUCCUCCUCUUACAAGGAUGCUUAUAUUGGCUUAUGUUUACCAAAGCUUUUUAAUCCUUUAAUAAGACUGCAGCUUCUUAUAUGGAAUCCUUUAGAGGGUAAAUGUCGAGAUUUUGAGAAUAUGUUGUGGUUUGAAUCAUUGCUUUUUUAUGGCUGUGAAGAACAGGAGCAAGAGAAGGAUGAUGCAGAUAUUUCACUGUUGCCUACCAUUGUGGAAAGGGUGGUUCUUGCUAAACUAACAGUCAUUGCUGAGAAUAUAUGGGACCCUUUUUCCACAUCACAGACAUCUAAAAUGGUAGCAAUCACACAGAAACUAGUAGAUGGAUAUCCUUCAGUGGUAAAUGCAGAGAACAAAAACACACAGUGGGUCUCUAACAGCCAAGUAGGACUUCUAGCAUUUUUAGUGAUUCCAUCCCGAUGUUCACUUUUUCAGACGUUCUUGAAAGCCCUGUUACUAAGAAUGAGGAGGACACUAGAUGAUGAUGUAUUCAUGCCAUUGUAUCCAAAAAAUGUCUUAGAAAACAAGAAUUCUGGUCCAUAUUUGUUUUUCCAACGCCAGUUUUGGUCCUCAGUUAAGUUACUAGGAAACUUUCUCCAGUGGUAUGGAAUCCUUUCAAACAAAGCUCUACAGGAAUUAUCAAUAGAUGGACUGCUAAAUAGAUAUAUUCUUAUGGCAUUUCAAAAUUCUGAGUAUGGAGAUGACAGCAUUAAGAAAGCUCAGAGUGUAAUUGCUUGCUUUCCUAAACAGUGGUUUACCAAUCUAAAAGGGGACAAAACCAUUAUCCAGCUAGAAAACUUCUGUAGAUAUCUUGUUCAUCUGGCUGAUGUAAUUUACAGAAACAGCAUUGGCUGCUCUGAUGUAGAGAAAAGAAAUGCAAGGGAGCACAUAAAACAGAUAAUAAAGCUUCUAGCAAGUGUUCGAGCUCUGGACCAUGCUGUGACAGUUGCAAAUGAUCACAAUGUGAAAGAGUUAAAGGUUUUAAUUGAAGGGAAAUAAAAUUUUCAGAUAACUCAUUCUGAGCUUUAAAAACCAUUCCCAAUUGUGUAAUGUAUGUACAUAUGUAAAGUUUCUUAAACUGUAAAGUCUUGAUCCUUGUUUUAAUACAAAGUGCAUUCUUAUAUACAGCAUCCUUAAGUAUUGAUUUCUUUAAAAGAAAAAAAAAAAGAAUCCUGGAAACUUCUUCUCCAGAAGCAGAUUUUCCUUAGAUCGCUCAGCAUCUUGUUUACAAAACAUUUUGUACCCAAAAUACUUAACCAUCUACUCAGUUACUUGUCCCAUGAUUAACUGGAAUGUGGGUAUUGUGUAAUUACACAGUGUGCAUAUAUUUGUACUACCAUGUUACUUUCACACUGGAUUUACUGGUCUUUUAUUGUUAAAAUAAUUUUUUUCACUUGCCGAAAUUUAUUUUGACAGUAAAUUGGCCAUGCUAUUGGUCAAAAGGGUUGGCAAAACAUUCAAAUACGUAAGAAUCAUUUGACCUAAUUUGAAAGGGAGCUUUCAAAUAGCACCUGAUAUUGCAUGGCAGCUGUGCUGCUCUUAUAUUAAAAUAAUUGAACUUUACUUGCGUUCAGAAUGAAUACGGGACUUUCUUCAAACUGUUCUUGAAAUCAUUCAACAUCACUUUUCAUAAAAACAUUAGAUUGGCAAUUUAAAUGUGGUAACUCACGUUUAAAGGUAAGUGGCAGCAUUCCCUGACCCCAGAAGAGUCAUUUACUUUGAAAAGGCAGCAUUUCAUGAAUCCUGGAUCCUCAUCUUAUUAGUAACUCAGCUAAAUUUUUACUGUUCUAUAACAAUUUUGAUUUAUACAUGGAAUCUGUUUCCUCACAGAUGAGUCUUUCUAGAGGCAUAAAAGCCAAACAGGAAAAUAAGUUUUUUAUAUCUCAUAAAUACUUGCCGCAGUGUAAACAGACCAAGCAACCAAUUUUUACACUUCCUGCUAAUCCAGGUUUGUUUGGUUUUUGUUGUUUUUUUUUAAAUGAGCUAUCUUGCAAAAACAAAUGCUCAGUUUAUCUGUGGCAAAUCAAAAUGCUAUUUUUGGUAUAAGCUCUCUUACAUUGGAACACUAAUGAUAUUCUGGGGGGUCCAAGGAAAGGGGAUAACAGCUGUCACUGUUUUGGAAAUAGUUUGUCCAAAUGUGCCCUACAUUACUUGGGAAUUGUAGCAAUAAAUUGGCAUACUGAGUAACAUUAGAAUCAUUGUAUUUUAUGCUCAUGUCAUGUGAUAUAAAUGAGUAUAUUAAAAUGUACAAUUUGUAACAUGCACACAUCAUUUGAACACCAAACAGUUGCUUUUUCUGAACUUGUUGGCCUGAUGGAUACAUUCAGAGUGUCUGCUUUUAAGAAUCCUUUCAAUAAACUUGUCUGUCAUGGAGCUGUA